AUGGUCGGUUGUGCGUUCGCUCUUGUGUACGUGCUGUUUAGCGCAACAGUGGCCGUGCGGGAAAACACAAGCUACACACCGUAUAAUUCAGUGUUAUGUUGUAAAAUAUAUAUGAAAAUAAUAUGAAAAUGAGGUGAAUUUUCGGAUACGGAAGAUGCGGUGAGCUCUACUCGGUGGACGAUCCCUGCCAUGAUCCCAAUAUAAGGAUUUAUUUUUUCAUAACCAGCCUGGCCUCAGUCGUUUUACAUUUUCCCCCACAAUGAGACUGUACACAUUUCUUCUGAAGGACCAUUUGCCAAAGAUAGAGUAUUAUUCAAGGUUUUCACCAUCGCCCCUGUCAAUAAAACAGUUUCUGGAAUUCGGUAGGGAUAAUGCGUGUGAGAAGACGUCUUACAUGUUCCUGCGCAAGGAGCUGCCGGUGCGUCUGGCUAACACUAUGAGAGAGGUCAAUCUGCUGCCCGACAAGCUCCUCAGUCAACCUUCAGUCAAACUGGUGCAGAAAUGGUACAUGCAAAGUUUUUUUGAACUUCUAGAGUUUGAGAAUAGGAAACCAGAAGACCCACAUGCCCUGAAUGACUUUCUGGAGACUCUUAUUGAGAUCAGGAAUAGACACAAUGAUGUGGUCCCGACUAUGGCCCAGGGCGUAAUUGAAUAUAAAGAGAAGUUUGGUUUCGAUCCGUUUGUCAGCUCCAACAUCCAGUACUUUUUGGACCGCUUCUACACCAACCGAAUCUCUUUUCGCAUGCUCAUCAACCAGCACACUCUCCUUUUUGGCAAUGACAUCAACCCAGCCCAUCCAAAACACAUUGGCAGUAUUGAUCCCAGCUGUAAUGUUGCUGAGGUGGUGACUGAUGCAUACGAGACCGCCAAGAUGGUGUGUGAGCAGUAUUAUUCAGCUGCCCCUGAACUCAAGAUAGAGGAAUUCAAUGCAAAGGCUCCUCAGAAACCCAUCCAGGCUGUGUACGUGCCCUCACACUUGUUCCACAUGCUGUUUGAAUUGUUUAAGAACGCCAUGCGGGCUACAAAUGAUCUCCACGAGGGUAGCAAGGAGGGUCUUCCUCUUAUAAAAGCAAAAGUGACCCUGGGGAAGGAAGAUCUCUCUGUGAAGAUCAGUGACAGGGGAGGGGGUGUGGCUUUACGGAAGAUUGACAGGCUGUUCAACUACACCUACUCCACUGCUCCAACACCCAGUCUGGACUCGAAACGAGUGCCAUUGGCUGGAUUUGGACAUGGUUUGCCGAUAUCCAGACUGUAUGCCCGCUACUUUCAAGGUGACCUGAAACUGUACUCGAUGGAGGGCGUAGGGACAGAUGCAGUCAUCUACCUGAAGGCUCUCUCCAGUGAAUCGUUUGAGCGGCUGCCCGUCUUCAACAAAUCUGCUUGGCGACACUAUCAAGGAGGCCCGGGAGCGGAUGACUGGAGCAACCCGAGCAAAGAGCCCCGAGAUGCCUCAAAAUACAAGGCCAAAAGAUAAUUGCACUCACCCCAUCCGUGUCCCACUGCACCCAUUAUAGACCUACCAUCUUUAGUCUAGCUUCAGUUACUAUGGCAACAUCACAUCGAUGCUGAGUGUUCUAUACUUGUUAGCAUUUCCAGCGCAGAAGAGCUAAUGAUGUAAGUGUCAUUAAGCCUCUGCUUCUUCCUCCUUUGUGCAGCUACAGAUGUAAGAUACAGAACCUCCUUUUAGUGUCUUCCAGGGCGGUUAGAGGAAAGAGUGAACGUUUGUGGCCGAUGUGUCCGAAACUUUGGUUCUUUUUUUCAAUUGUGUCACACAGUAGCCUCCCUGUUUCAUUUUCUAAUAGCCAGAGAAGGACGCCUGGAGUUUGAGAAGAUCAAAACAAAGAGCAUUUCUUUUACUGCCAUUCACAAGCACUUGAGAGAGGGUUUGUACACUGUUUCUGUGGCUACAACUCCUGUUUUCUUGGCAGUGGAAUAAUGGAAAAAUCAUUUAAAAAGGCUCUGAAGAAAUGAAAACAAUUUUGUUAAACUCAGAAGUCAAGGUUAUUUUUCACCCUAAAAUUGAAAGAAAAAUAUUAAAUUAUAUUUUGCAUAAAGAAAAUGAAACUUUAUAGUACAAUUAGCCUCUUAGUUUUUUGCAUUAUGACAUUUAUUUAAUAAAUGUUAGAUUUUAAAAAGUAAUUUAAUUGGUUAUGUAUAAUUAAGUAACAUUUAUUGUUCUAAAUUAAUUAUUAUAUUGCAUUAUUAAAAUAAUACACACAAUAAUAUUUUUGUUUUAUUUAUUUAUAUAUAAAAUCGUUUAUUUUAUUUUUUUAUUUGUGAAAAUAUUUUAUAAAUAUUAAUAUUUAAUUUAAUGUAUUUUCAUUGUUUAAAAUGUGUCAAUAUUUGUAAGUUGAAUUCAUACAGAUUUUAAGUAGAGAAAAAAAUGUCCAGACAAGAUUAUUUUCACUACUGUAUUACAGUUAUGGGAAUUUGAGUGGGAAUUCCCAUUAAAUGUCAUAAUGCAAAUAAUUUCAAUAGUCUUAAAAAAUACAUUUCUUUAUGCAAAAUUGUAUUUUUCUUUGAAUGUUUUGGGUGAAAUGUGAGAUGUCUGUGUGUUUGUUAGAUACACACAAAUGUUUCAGGGGAGCAGAGGAGAAUGCUGAUAAACUGAUAUUUCAAAGCAUGAUGGAAUGCACUUUUAAACAAAUCAAAUACACUUUGUAGUUGCUAAUAUUUAUUUAUUUAUUUGACCCCCGUUAAUUUUAAUUUUUUUUCUCCCAAAUAGAGCAUUUGUGUAGGGCUGUGCUGAUUCUGAGCUGGGCCUCAGUGUGAGUAACAGCCGUACAUUACUUACAUUCACAUAUAAGUCAGCAAUGCUGAGCUUUCUGCCAAUGUAAAUGAAGAUGCAUUAUUCCUAUUAUAGCAUUAGUGCUAUAGUCAUUAAUUACAGGGUUUUUUUUUUCAUUAUAUAAAGGAGAUACAGCUUUUCUAACAUUAUAGCCCCUGCAUGGUGACAUAGAGUUAAUAGAAAGAUAUUCGCUUGGAGACUUUGUUUAAACAAAAAAAAUUGUUUAGAUUUUUUCAGUAACAUUUGAUUAAGAGAAAAUGCUUAGAUAUAAACUCAUAGAAGCAACUUGGCUGACUUUUGAGUCUGAGAUUUAGCUUAAUAUUUAUUUUUAUUAUACCACUACUACUUCUCAGACAUUCCUUUUGAUGGAGUUUUGAUGGAUGUUUUCCAGAGGACCUCAUCUUAAAAUAAUUCUUGACACAGAUACUGUUUUGGGACUGUUUGACUGCAAUGAUUCUAAGAAGAGAGGUUGUUAGAUGAAAUGUGGAACAGCUCAUUUGGUUUAAAGGAAACAAUGUUAAACUACAAACUUAACUUUGCCCAGACUAGUUAGUUUCUGUUACACCGUGACCUAUUUAAAAAACAGACAAAACAAAAAAAAAAACGCCCUGUCAUAGUUUCACUCAAUGAUUCUUUUGUACGCACAAGCCUAUUAUUUGAACGUUUGCUUUUUUUGAAACUCCUUAAGAUGAACAUUUGUUUAGUAGUUUGUGUUUUUACUUCAACACUCCAGGAUGAAUUUCAUGAAACCUGUCAAGAACAUGUCUAAAUCAUAUUUCAUAUAUAUUUUGCGUAAGAAUAAAUGAAACGAUGUUUCACAGCACUGAAAUAUCGAGGAAUAAGAUGUAUUUUAUUCUCAUAUUGUCAGUAAAAAAAUCUAAAUGGCGUAGAGAAUGUUGAAUUUUUCUUUAAGUAAUUUUUAUUUUGAGAUGCUGAAAUAUGAUCUUGUACAUUUUCACGUUCAUGAGAUUCAUCCAUCUAAAUUCUGCAGGCAUGCUGUUUUGUGUGUGUUUUUUAAUACAGACUGAUUGUAUAUUUAUCAGCUAACGUUCUGUUACUGUUCCACAAGUUAGAAUCUUUCCAUAGAAAAGCGUCUCCAUCUGUCUUAAUGCUGGUUUGUGUUGUGUUGGGGGUCUCGUGACGCCUCAAGGGAACAUUUUGAUGACAUAUAUAUAUAUAGUAUCUUUCGGUUUCUCAUGUUAUUGAAGUGUAGAUUUCAGUAUUUAUUUUAAAAUAUUUGUAAUAUGGUUUAUUAGUUUUUACGUUCAGUUAAGUCGAUGAAGAAUGCACUUUGAUGCCUUGAACUCCAAGCGUUCAGAAGAGCAGACUGAAGUAUGCAAGCAUUUUCCUGUGAAAACAAGCCUUCAUGGCCUCGUGUGUCAUUGUCAAGCUCAAGUAGUCGUUGAUUUUGCCAGUAUACUCUCAUUUUUUGCAUGUAUACGGUGUGUUAAUGUUCAGCACAUUAGAAGAAACUGUUAACCUACAGUGAAACUCUUACCUGAUACUUAAGUGUUGUCAUGCGACCAUCUUAUAGCUGCAAAAUGGGAAUUUUUGUGAGUCUAUUAGUGUUUUUUUUCCUUUUGUUAUGACAAAAACACCACUGCUUAAAGAAAAACGCUAUUCCAAACAUACAAAAUGUGUUAGAUGAUUUUGUGCUAUGCUGACACUGACACACAAAUCAUCAUAAUGAAUAUCGAUCUAUUGACAUUCCAUCUGAAGUACAUACAAAAGAAGAACAAUAAAGAUAUCUUCCUGUACUACCAUGAAUA